UCGUACGGCGAGCUGUCUGCGUGGUUCGACAAGGCGCAACGCCUUACGCUCGAGAUCAAGGAGGCGCAGCCUGGGUGGGAACACAUUCACUUUGAGUCGUUCGAUACUGUCGCGGCUUCCUCAGCCCUCACGCUCUGCCACCAAGACCUCAACAUGCGCAACAUCAUCGUCGGCGACGACGGCCGGCUGUGGCUCGUCGACUGGGCGUGGGCCGGGUUCUACCCGCCGUGGUUCGAGUACCUCGCCAUGAAAGUGCAGACGGCCCACGAGGAACGGCUGAUGAAUCGCAAGGAGCCCUUCUGGACUUUGAUGGUCCCGUUCAUCUGCCGUCCGUAUUACCGGGAGGAGCGGUGAAUGCGUCGCGUGUAUGCAGCAUGAUAUUAUCGUUUUCACAGGAAGCUAUGAGUUCUGCCGUGUUCGCCGCUCCCUCUACUUGUGUUACAGCACCACUGAAUCCACA